CAUGGGAGCAUAUUGAAGAGGAAAGAAUUACCAUUAGUGAAUUAUAUCUGGAGCUUACAGGUUUAUUAAAAAAUGUUAUUUCCGACAAAUUUACUUCUACUGAAUCAUCAUCAUAUCCUGAAACUUUUACCAUGACUACUAAAA